CGCAAACAACCACAAUGAAUUUUGAAUUGUUCGCCAAUUGAACGGUCAUGUACACAUGGCAGAGUUUCUGAUGGAUUUCUCGGUUGGGUGGUAAUUGGGUUUCAUACCAAGACUCCCAAGUCUUUGGGAAAAGGUGAGGAAUCUCAAACAGAGAUGAUGACAGUCAAGCGAUCUGGCAUCUGGUUUUGUCUUUGAUGACGGCGAUCGGAUCGACUUCAUAGGUAUGUCCAUGUUCCUCUUCUUGCUUUUUUUCCCGUUAGACCGGGGCUUGGCUGGGGCAGUGUAAGUAGUGUACACUACAGUCUCCUAAGGGAGCUGGGUAAGUAUCAGAGGAGGGGGGAAUUCUCGACUUGAUACUGUACAACCCUCUUUGUAGUACACUACUGUGUAGGUACUGCAUCUGUCCAAGUGGAUUGACGGGAAGCUCCUCUCUCAGCUCUCACACAUCCACUCAUGAAUGAGAUCUUGCCAUUCCCGUUGGUUCAUCCCAUGUCUCUGAUUCCUGCCUGCUUGCUUUUCCACAACCUCCACUUGAUAGGGUAGAGAACUACUGCAGCUACCAUGGCCCUGAUGCGCCCCCUACGUAACACCCUUACCACUUGUGGGGAGCUACAGGAUGAUAAGCUAGCUAUGUAUAAACUGGAUUCACACUUUCCCAUCCGUCUUCGUCUCAAUGAAUGUUUGACGUCCCCUCGUUUCCAGUACCACAAGUGCCGGGCAGUCCCAUCCACGUCUUUUUUCUUUUUUUUCUUUCGUCUUCGAUACUCCGCUGCAUUCCUACUCCAUCUACAUCACCACCACCUUAGUUCUCUUCCUUUUUAAGACCUGGAGGGGGUAUAUCAACUACUGCCCUCGAGUUAAUACCAACCAGCAAAUAUUUUCUUCAUGUCAAACCACCAUCCAAAGGACAUUAGUACAUUGUGAGCUUGUUAGAAGGACAGCAGGAAGACAUGGACGUCCCGGAAUCGCGGCAUUACCCCGGGGGUCAGCCCUACUCGGGCACCAACCGCAUCCCCAACAUUAAGCAGUUUGUCGAAAGUCUUGAUAAGGACAAGAAGGAACGCGAUGCCAAAGUCGAAGCCGAUCUGCGCCGGAAUCACCAAAACGGCGAGGCUCGGGCCCAUGUCCCAACCCAAAAACCCGGCAAGAACCGCCGUACUGUCAAGGACCCAGUAACCGGAAAGGAUGUCGAGAUUGAUGAUAUCGAUAGCACGCACAUGAAGACGGCCAAGGAUCCACAGCUGACCGUCCCCAACGCAAACCUCGGAAAGGAAACCACCGUCCAGACCAAAGCCUCCCAGUCCGGCGAGGAAUACCGCGAAGCCCAAGAUGUUACCGCGCCUCCUGAUCCCAUCGCCAAUGGCUCCACCAGCGACGUGCCCAUCCACGGCGAAAAGACCAACGUGCUCUUCCACCCUACCCCUUCCAUCACCUUCGAGCCCAUGUUCGAGUCCAUCGAGGCCCGCGCCAACGUCCUCUGCGCAUUCGUCUUCAUCGGCAUUGUCUUUAUUGGAAAGGUGCUGGGCGGCAGUCUCUGGGGUUUGUUCCCCCUGGGCAUGUGCGUUGCCAGCGGCGUCUUCUUGUGGGCCAAGGACCUGAUCCGUCAGGGGCGGGACAUGGAAUGGUCGAGCGAGCAGAAGCGUGGCGAGACCGCCGUGGUCAACCUGAUUCCGGAAAGCGUCGAGUGGUUGAACACUGCCGUUGGCCUGAUCUGGGGCCUCAUCAACCCGGAAAUGUUUUCGGCUGUUGCCGACACCCUUGAGGAUAUCAUGCAGGCCAGUGUUCCCGGAGUGAUUGAGAACGUCAAGGUCAACGACAUCAACCAGGGCAGCAACCCGCUCCGCAUUCUCAGCUUGAGAGCCUUGCCCGACAGCCACGUUAAGGACAUGAAGGCUGAGAUUCGCAAGGAGGACGAGAAGAACAAGGACCCCCAGGAGCUGGCGGCUGAGGAAGAGGGUGGUGACUUUUACAAUCUCGAAGCCACUGUUGCUUACCAUUCUCUGCCUUCUUCCGGAGAUGUCUCUUCCAAGGCUAAGAACAUGGGCAUGCAACUGGUCUUCUACCUCGGUCUCAAGGGCUUCUUUGGGGUUCCCUUCCCCGUCUGGGUCGAGCUCAAUGGCCUUGUCGCCACUUGCAGACUCAGAAUUGCCAUGGCUCCCGACCCGCCCUUCAUCAAGACGCUCAGCUUCACUCUUAUGGGCCUGCCCAAGGUUGAAGCCAGCUGUGUUCCCCUCAUGCAAAAGGGAGCCAAUAUUCUUAACCUGCCUCUCAUCUCCAACUUUGUCAAUUGGGCCAUUGCGACUGCCGCUGGCAUGUACGUUGCGCCCAAGUCCAUGACUUUGGACAUUGGAAAGAUGCUUCAGGGAGACUCUAUCAAGAAGGAGACCCAGGCCCUUGGUGUCCUCUUCAUUCGCAUUCACAAGGCCACUGGCUUGAGCAAGCAAGACCGUCGCGGAAGCGAGGGUGGCGGUUCUGACCCUUACAUUUGCGUCUCCUACUCCAAGUUCGGCAAGCCGCAAUACUGCACUCGCGUCAUCCAGGACGACCUCAACCCCGUCUUCUCCGAGACUUGCGCCUUGCUCGUCACCCCCGAUAUCAUUAAGGCUGAUGAGCAGCUUUCGCUCGAGCUCUGGGACAGCGACCGCAGCUCCGCCGAUGAUGUCGUCGGAAAGGUUGAGCUCAGCAUCCAGAAGUUGAUCCAGCAUCCCGGCCAGAUGUUCCCCCAGACUUCCAAGCUCAGAGGUGUCAAGGCUGGCAGCUCCAUGCCCGGCGAGCUUCACUGGGAGGUUGGCUUCUUUGGCAAGACCCAGUUCAGAAAGGCUCUCAGGACGGAUGGCAAGGACCACAAGCUGCCCCAGGAACUCCGCGACAAGCCUGAGCUUCAGGAUGACAAGGGCACUCUUGAGAGCAAGGAGGAAGAUGCUGUUGUUCAUACUCCUCCCGACCCGUUGUGGCCUAGCGGUGUUCUGAGUAUCAUUGUCCACCAGAUUGUCAACCUUGAGCUUGAGAACGUCAAGGGAUCCGAGGGUAAGAGGAAGGGCAAGGAGUACGAGCCCGCCAGGCCCGAGGCUGGUGAGCUAAAGGAAGAGUCGGGCGGUAAGCUGCCCAGCUCGUACUGCACCAUCCUCAUCAACGACGAGCUCGUCUACAAGACCCGUACCAAGGUCGUCUCCUCCAAGCCCAUCUUCGAAGCCGGUACCGAACGCUUUGUCCGCGACUGGCGCUCGUCCAUCGUGACCGUGACCGUUCGCGACUCGCGCAACCGCCAGCACGACCCCAUAAUCGGCGUCGUCCCACUCAAGCUCUCGGACGUGUUCCAUACCGCCAGUCAGAGCACGCGCUGGUACCCGCUCGACGGCGGCAUCGGCUUCGGCCGCAUCCGCAUAUCACUCCUCUUCCGCUCUGUCGAGCUCAAGCUCCCUCCUCCCCAGCUCGGCUUCGGCGAGAUCGGCACCUUCGAGUUCACCUCGGACAACAUCACCACCUCGGGCUUCGCGCCCACGGACAAGAUGAAGAUCAAGCUGCGCACCGGUGGUUCGUCGGCCAAGGUUCCCAGCGACGUCUGUUCCUACACGCCCGACGGGCAACAGUCUGGCAUCACGUGGGACAUUUCAGGCGACGCCGCCCGCAACAAGCACUCCAAGAAGAUUCGCCUGCCCGUGCGCUACCGGUACCGCUCGCCCGUGUUCUUUGAGUUCCACCGCUCCGGCAAGCGCAACACGGACAUGUUUGCUGCCUUUUGGCUGCAGGACCUAGUGGACAACGAAGAAAAGGACUUUGACAUUCCCAUCUGGCGCUGCAACAACGGCAUGCGGCUGUCGCAGAAUUACAUUACCGAGGAGAACUAUAGGUCUGUUCCCGACAUACAGAUCGAGGAGCUGGGCCGCCUCAGGUUCAGGGGCCAGUUUAAGCCCGGAACGGAUCGCGACCAUCUCAAGUUCGUUAGCGAUAAUGAUUCGCGGGAGACGAUUGAGACGUGGGAGGCGUGCUUCGCUGAGGGCGUCAGAGCUGAGCACGUCGAGAGCGAGGUGCCCCCCAUCGUGCAGAGACUGCAUGAGGAGAGCCUAACGGAGGGCAGGGAUGUGUUGAAGACGGCGAGGGAGGAGGAUAAGAGAAAGUGGCUGGCCAAGGACGGGACGGAUUGGACCGGGGCGUUUGGGCAGGAUCCUGAGGAGCUGUUGGCGGAGCACAAGGGGAGGAGGAAGGUCAGGACGGCGAGUGGAGGGAGUCACAGUAGUCAAGGGAAGAGCACGGAGUAUGAGGAGAGCAGUGAUGAGGAGUCUCACGAUAGCCAGAGCCAUGCAAAUGGCGAUGCCGGCAUCAUUGGCGGCGGAGGGUCAGCGGUCGAUGGCGACGAUUCAACCCCGGACUUGGGUAUUGCUGAUGGGGAAAACGCGCGGCCGAUGAACGAUAAUGCGGGGGGAGAGGAUGCUAAUGGCGGGAUGAACUCGGGCUUGAAUGCUGGUAACGGUUCGGCUGGUGAACAUCCCAACGCCAACGCCAACGGGUCGGCGGCGUCCAUGGUGGGGAGACAGUCGAUGGAUACCCAGGCGACUACCUCAGCCGGACGGUCGAUCAAGUCGGCUUCGGGGUCGAGCAGCAAGAAUCCCAUCAAGCAGUAUAAGGAGUAUAGGAGCCGCAGUCGGGAUUUGCAUCGUCAGCAUAGGGGGCUGAUGCAAUGGAAACCAUUGCGCAACGUCCAAUUCGCCAAGGACGAGGCCCUAUUCGCCGCUCGCAGGCUCAAGAAGGUUGGAAGCCUGAGUGGGCGGACGCCGGAUGUUGAAACGGAGGUUUAAAACAGUCGUGAAGCUAAUACGGGAUUCCCUUUUUCGUGUUUGUACCUUGGAUAGGUCGCCGGCGGUGGAAGGUUAUCAUUCUUUUCGUCUAUAAAUACCAUUCUUCUUCCAAACGCAUUAAUGUUAGGAACAUGGACGGGUCUAAGGUUUGGAAGGAAGGAGAGAGUCUUGCUAUGCUUGAGUCUGAAUUCAUUGAUGGGUCAUGAUCAACAUGGCAAUUUGUUACGAGUAACUUUUUUCUCUUCUUUCUUUCUUUCUUCCUUCUUUCUUUUUUCGCACGCGUUUUGAUGAAGGCUUCUUUCUAGCGGUAUGUUGUUGAAAAGUCUCGAGAAAACAUGUACGUUGCGAAGUGCUAAUUAGAUACCUCUUGCCAUUUCAAGCUGGUGUACAUGAUCUUGUUUCUGUAUGUCGAGUGUUCUCAUGAUGUGCCGAGAAGGGGAAAAAAGGGGAGAAAGUAAACAAACGGACUAUGAACAUCCCCACCGUAUUCGGCCGGUACCGCUGUCAAAUAGGAAGCUAUAGUGGAUCCCUAUUAUCAGUUACAG